AUGACCAGAGGGCAGAAAAGCCUCAGCCUUUUGCCAUCGAAGUCGAUCCACAUGACUGAAGAUGACGACGACCACGUCCCUCUCAUCAUUGAACACAUGCACAUACCGACAUCCACGUCCUUUUCGGUCUCCAUCCCUCCACCUCUACGAGAUGGAAACACCACAACUCCUCUUGCAUCCGCUUCCCCCAUCUGUAGUCCAUCGACUUCGCUCCACCUCAUGUCGAGCCCAUACAUGGAUCAAUCCUCGCCCACUGCCAAUGUCCAAGCGGUCUCAAGAAGGGUCUCCGACGGCCUGCUCAUCAAAUUCCCGGACACGUCGGAGUUCGACUUCGAGUACGAGAAGAGCAGCCUGUGGUCGCCUCCGGUGCGGUGCGCCACCUCCCUGAGCUCCGAAGGCGAAGUGCUUGCAGAACUGAGGGCCUCUACUGCUGGGCGCCGUCGUAGCCCAUUGAACAAGGUCUUCCGGUGCUUCCACAGCGAAGAAGGUCGGUGGCAUGGAGGUCGAUGAGCUUCUGAACAUAGUUUGCAUGCGGUCAAUGAUUUCUUUAGGCUUGAUCUCAGAUGCUUUUUUUUGGACUCUAAGAAACAUCUCUAUCCCCAAAAUCAUCUUUUGAUUUUGAAACCUAUCAGACUUCAAAGGAAUAAAAUAUUUAUAUGUGAAUGUGAGUCUCAAUGAUGUCUCUGUCUCCAGAUACAUUCUUGCUGGAUGCAAGAUGCAAUGAUUAUAAACGUCUAACAAUUAGAGUUGUA